CUCCAUCUUCAACAGCGACCUUCCCCAAUUUAUUUCCAAUUCUUCUUUCAAUUCAUUCACUAUGAGAAUGAGGCGGAAUCACGCUGCCAUGAUUUUGGGAAGAAUUAUCUUCAAUUCUUCUUUCAAUUCAUCCACUCUCCCCAUUGCUUCUCUACACUCGUUUCUUACCAAACCCAGAUUCAAUUUUGAUAAUGCCAGCUGCCAAAUGAGACACUUCUCCGCCUAUCCCAGAUUCAAUCUUGAUAAUCUCACCCACCAAAUUAGAUCCUUCUCCUCCUAUCCCAGAUUCGAUUUUGGAUCUAUACGUGAGCCCAAUGAUGCCGUCGCUCUAUUUCGGGAUAUGAUGAGAACGGAGCCGCUUCCUUCUGUUAAGCUUUUCUCAAGAUUGCUGAGUGCUGUGGUCAAGCUGAAACAAUACUCUGCUGCACUUCAUCUGUUCGACGAAAUGCUUCAAAGGGAUGCUCCUGUAAAUCACUACACGUUGAGUAUUGCAAUUGAUUGCUAUUGCCGACUGAAAAGACCUGAUUUUGGGUUUGCGAUCUUAGGCAUUUUUUUCAAGCGUGGGUACGAGCCUACUGUUGUAACCUUCAACAUUCUCGUGAAGGGCCUUCUGUUUGUUGGAAGGAUCCCAGAGGCAGCUAAAUUGUUGGGGAAGCUGUCGGCCUACCAACUGUGCGACCCCGAUGAGUAUACGUAUAAUACUAUAAUUCAUGGGUUAUGCAAAGCUGGAGAUAUUCUACAGGCGAUUGGUUUGCUCUGCUCAUUGGAAAAAGGAAAAGGGAACUGCAAACCCGAUGUCUAUUCUUACAACAUAGUCAUUGAUGGUCUAUGCAAGAACGGAAAGGUGGACGAAGCUCUCCAACUCUUCUCCACUUUGGGUGAUAGGGGGAUUUCACCAAAUGUCGUGACAUAUAGUUCAAUAAUCGAGGGGUUGUGCAAGCUGAGAAGAAUGGACGAGGCUGAAGACAUUUUCAAGAAGAUGAUUGCUAAUAAGGUCUGCCCAGAUGUGUGGACAUAUAAUAUCUUUGUGGAUGCUUGGUGCAGAGAGGGAAGGUUGGAAGAGGCCGAGCAUAUAUUGGUAAAAAUGAAGGAGAUUGAUGUUCAACCCAACAUUGUCAUAUACAAUGCAUUGAUUAAUGGAUACUGUUUGCAAGGAAAAGUGAAUGAAGCUGAACGCAUUUUCCAAUUAGCAGUGAAUUCCGGAAUCAAUCCCGAUAUCAUAAGCUACAGUAGCCUGAUGAAUGGCUAUUGCAAAAUCGGGCGAGUCGAUGAAGUUUCACGUCUUUUUACCAAAAUUGGCACUGAAGGGUUAGAGCGCAAUGUUGUUUGUUAUUCCAUAAUGCUAGAGGCGCUAUUUCGUGAAGGAAGAUGCGAGGACGGCUUGAAUUUGUUCAAAGAGAUGCAAUCUCUAGGAUUGUCUCCUGAUGUGAUGACUUACAAUAUCUUCUUGGAUGGUUUGUGCAGUGCUCAUCGUAUCACUGAAGCAUUUUCCAUAUUGCACACUAUGGAAGGUAAAGGCAUCGUUCCAAACAUAGUAACAUUCAAUAUUCUCAUUGAGGGAUUGUGCAACGACAACAAAGUCAGAGAAGCAAAAGAUCUGUUCAACAAGCUUCCAUCCAAAGGUUUGCAGCCUGAUGUCAUAACAUGUAAUAUUCUCAUUGGUGCACUUUGCAAAGAAGGACAGAUUAAGGAGGGUAAGGAUUUGAUGACGCAAAUGGUAAGCGACGGUUGCUUGCCUAAUAGUGUAACAUACAAUGUUUUUGUUCGAGGUCUUCUCAAAAUGAACAAGAUGCUUGAUGCAAUGCCACUUUUGGAAGAGAUGGAUUCAAGGGGAUUUACACUUGACAAAAUUGCAUAUUCGAUGUUGAUUGAACAUGUUAAAAUGGAAGGUAGAGAUAGUGUUUUGGUUGAUAAGGUUAAGAAACUUUUACCGAAGGACUUCUAUUCUAGUUAGGUUUUAUGUUGUGUUUGUCGGUCAAGAAUUAUUGCAAUAGAGCUUAAGGGGAAAGUACAUUUGCUUAUUUGUUUAUUUAAUCUUUAUGUUAUGAUAGAUUUAAAAUGUUUCAAUUUUGUAGUUGUGAUGUUGUUUAUUUAAUCUGUAUGUUUUCUACAUAUAAUAAAGUGCCUCUCUCUCUCUCUCUCUCACCUAUGACACACACAUUUGUAGUAGUAGGCACUGACACUGUUGGUGGCACUGUUGCUCAACUUCUGCAUUCAUUGUAUGUGCAAAUUGGAGCUACAUUUAAUUUAGUUUCACUAUGUAAGAAUUAUGUAUGUGAAAUCUUGAUUGAAAUCGAGAUCUCUCUCUGUUUUGUCUGAGCUUGUAAGUUGAUGUGUGGCGAUCUUUAAGUGAGAUUUGAACUCGAGGCCCUCCAAUACCUCCUGUGGUAUCUGAGGUUCAUUUUCAUCAUUGAAAACUGAGCAUCGAAAAUAAUAAGCAAUUAGUUUUCUUGGGGAGAAAAAAAGAAACACAGAAGAAGCAUCACCUUGAACAAGAACUGCCGCAAGAAACAGUAUGAAUAAGAACAAGUGAUGAAAGGGAUGUCAAUGGGAGAGAGAGAGAGAGAAAGGUUACUGCUGAGCUCUAUCUGUGUAUUAAUUGUUUUUCACUUGUCAAUAGUUUUUAACUGCCUCCUGUUUGGGAAGCACGACACAGAUUCUAAAGGAUAAGAGCAAUGUUCCUGUUUGAGGCAACAUUGCCAAUCGAAGGCUACAGCGAGAAGAUCAACGAUGCAGCGUGGAAGAGUGUUGAAGGGAAGAAGCGCAGAUGAUAAGAGGCGACGCCUCAGCAUGGGUUUGCAACUUCAAUUUGCAUUGAUCUUGCAACGGUUCGUUUUUUAGUAUGUAGCUUUGGUUAGUUAAAUCACUAUGCAUUGAUAGUUGUUUGCUGCAAAUAAGAAUAUAGCAGUAGCCAUACUAGCAUUCUUCUUCAGCGGUUGUUUUUUAGUUGCUACUAUUUUUUGAAUGGUAAUUGCGAAUCAUUGUGGAUCAUUUUAUUGCCUUCUUGAA